UGGAGUUUAGACAGCAAGCCGUUGACUUCUUUGGUUGUUAAUUGUGAACUUCCGGAAUGGGCAUCAUGGAAUCGUUUAAGAACAAAUGUUUUGGUUUGGAUGUACCCGGGUCGAAAUAUAUCGCCGGGGUUGUGUUUCUGUCCUUCAUCUGUUACUUUCUUCAGUCCCUAGGGUUGGUGACCCCUUAUUGGGUCAAGUACGACCAAGGGUCAAGUCUGGCCACUGUUGGAUACUUUUAUGGUAUAUGGUCGGAAUGCAGCACCACCACUUCCGGUCCCACUGCGUGCGUAACAUGGGAUUCCGGAAGUUUGACAGGUACUUUCAGAGCAGCGCAAGCGUUCGAACUGCUGGCGUUCAUCUUUCAGACUGGCGCAGAGGUCGGCAUGAUUAUAUUCGCUUUCCACGACAGCAAAAAGUUCCACAAAGUAAUAGCAGUGGUCAUCGGAUCUCUGUUCUUAGUGUCCAGUGUUUUGACCUUAAUGGGUGCCAUCUUGUUCUCGUCAGACAACUCUGUCGGCGGGUCGUUUAGCUGGGCGUUCGGAUUGUCUAUAUUUGGAGGAAUCACUUCAGUGCCAUUCGGACUCUUCUUUGUGUAUAUAUUUUUCAUAACAAAGCAAAGAAAGGAUAAUUAUAAAAAGACACCAAGAGUGAAAGUGACUUUUGUGAAGAACACAAAUCUGAAGUUUUAAGAACGUGGAAUAUUUAUAAAAAUAAAAGUGUUUCGUAAAAUGUUUGUUUUUUAUGCGCCUUUUCAUUUACGUGUUUUCAUAUUUAGAUUCACACGAACAUGCUAUUCCUAAAAGAUAUCUUUCACUGGCAUAUUUAUCUUUGAGAUUUUCAAUUAAAUCCGUGUCCUGUUUCUCAAAAAAGUAAAAUUGUACGUCAUUUGAGCGUUUUACUCAAAAGCGUUAUUCAUGUUAUCCGAAGUGAAGCGAUAAUAAUCUCACUGACCAAUAUCUAUACAUGACGUCAUAAAGAAACAAGGUAUUAUGUCACAGGAUACUUUAUUUUUAAUAUAAGGAUUGAAAGUCACUUUUUUAUGUCAAUGCUGUUCAAUACAUUUAUUUACAGCCUGAACUAAUGUAUUGUUAUUAUUUAUCUAAACAUGGGUAUUCCCUUACAAUUCCUCUAUAUUGUAGUGACUGUGUCGUCAGUGAAAACAUGAUUACUGGAACAGCCUCAAAAUGACACUGAUUAAAUUGCAAACACAGCCCUACGAACGCAAUUUCUUCUGGUUAGG